GUACCAGAUGGAGCACUCACUCUACCAGCUGGUGGAGGCCGACAUUUGCGGCCUGCGCAGGGCGCUGGAUGACCUCACACUUGCCAAGUGCGACCUGGAGGCCCAGGUGGAAUCCCUGAAGGAGGAGCUGCUCUGCCUCAAGAAGAACCAUGAACAGGAAGUCCACACUCUGACGUGCCAGCUGGGAGACAGGCUCCUGAUUGAGCUGGACACGGAGCCCACCGUGGACCUGAGCAGGGUGCUGGAGGAGAUGCGGUGCCAGUAUGAGACCAUGGUGGAGACCAACCGGCAUGAUGUGGAGCAGUGGUUCCAAGCUCAGUCUGAAGGCAUCAGCCUGCAGGCCAUGUCCUGCUCUGAGGAGCUGCAGUGCUGCCAGUCGGAGAUCCUGGAGCUGAGGCGCACAGUGAAUGCCCUGGAGGUGGAGCUUCAGGCUCAGCACCACCUGAAGGACUGUCUGCAGAACUCCCUGUGCGAGGCCGAGGCCCGCUUCGGCACCGAGCUGGCCCAGAUGCAGUGCCUGAUCAGCACCGUGGAGGAGCAGCUGGCCGAGAUCCGGGCUGACCUGGAGCGGCAGAACCAGGAGUACCAGGUGCUGCUGGACGUCAAGGCCCGGCUGGAAGGCGAGAGCACGUACCGGAACCUUCUGGAGAGCGAGGACUUCAAGCUUCCCUGCAACCCAUGCACAACCCCGGCCUCCAGCACCCCCUGUCCAGCCCCUGCAGCCUGUACCCCCUGCCCUCCCUGCCCUUCCAGGCCUCUUCAGGCCUCCCGUGGGCCCUGCUCGUCGCCUCAGCGCUGA